AUGGCGGUGCGUGGACGCGCGGCGGCGGUAGCAGCAGUAGCAAUGGCUGCUGUGGAUCGGCGGCUGCCGAGUCUCGACGACUUCGCGGGGCAGAGCUGGAGUGCCUGGGUGGAGAGGGCUGGGCCGCCCACUGCCGAGACAGGAUCUGAGCUGGAAGAAAGCAGUAGGAAUGGGAGCAAGAAGCUGGAUGCAAUGACUCUGAUUAAAGAAGACAUGUCUAUCUUUGGUCACUGCCCAGCUCAUGAUGAGUUCUACCUGGUGGUGUGUAACCACUGUGGCCAAGUGGUUAAACCUCAAGCCUUUCAGAAGCACUGCGAGAGACGGCAUGGACCUCUCAGCAAGCUCUAUGGCCGGGUGCAGACCUCCUCAAACUUACAGAAGUGCCAUGCAGCAGUCAAUGGGCGAUCUCUUGCCGGUGGGGGCCAUGGAUCCACCAAGUCCUGGCGUGAGAAAUCCCAGAGCUCCUUCACUCAAGCUCAGCACACACCAGAUCGAACAGACAAGAUGCCGAAGGACAACCUCUGCUUGUUUGUGCCUGUUGUUAACUUAGAGAAGAUCUCCAGCCUUUCAAAGUCAGAUGGAGAUGGAAUCAAAGCGCCCCCAAAGCCUUCCAUCUCCACCAUCUCCAGGCAGUCCUUUGCCAGCUCAAAAGAGAUUUUGGGCAAGCCCUCCGUAGUGGCAUCACCAAAAGAGGCCCUGACAUCAGCCAAGGCAGGCAGCUCCAUUAUACCUGCAGAUGGCCUGAGCAGGAAACUGGAGAAUGCUUCGACCUUGGGAGAGAAGGAGGCUGUUGCUGUGAAAUCUCUGAAAAAGAUGCCACGGAAAGAAUGUGACUUAAACAGGCAGUGUGGGGUGGUGAACCCUGAAACCAAGAAGGUUUGCACUCGGUUACUGACCUGCAAGAUCCAUUCUGUACACCAGCGUCGCGAGGUGCAAGGGCGUGCAAAGGACUUCGAUGUCUUGGUGGCUGAACUCAAGGCCAGUGCCAGGAAAGGGGAGUCCCCCAAAGAUAAGAGCCCAGUGAGGAAGGAGGUGGCCUGCGAACGACUCCCACAGGACUCCUCUUCAUUGUCACAGACAGCACUGGUCCUGCCCAAUGCUUCUCCCUGCCGCAUAAAGCAACCCUAUGCUCACUGUGCACUUUCCAGGUUUCGGGUUUCCUCCGAGAGUGACCCGGACGACCUGCCUACCACCUCUAGCGAAGUCGACCGCCGGUUCUACUCUUUCCCAGUGCCCAAGAGUGCUGGCUGGGUUUCGAGUGAAGAGAGUGAAGAUGAAGUCAUGGAGGAAUCCCGCAAGCUAGACUGCCAUUAUGCAACACGGUCGCCACACCCCCAGGCAUUCUGCACUUUUGGAAGCAGGUUGGUAAGCCCAGGAUGUUAUGUGUUCAGUCGAAGGCUAGAUCGAUUCUGCUCUGCGCUCAGUUCCAUGCUGGAGAGACAUCUCAGUUCACACAUGUGGAAAAGGAUCCCUCCAGCUGCCGAUCACCAGAUGGUCUCCACGCCACCCCCUGUGCUCCCCUCAGGCUUCUCCAGCACUUCUCCGAAUUGCAGCUCCUCGCUGGUGUGCAGCCUCCCAGGCAGGGCUUCUGUGUCCUGCGCGGUGUCAGCACUGGCAGCUUCCCGGGACAGUCGGAGCCACCACAGCCCGAACUAUGCCAUGGGCUCUCCCCAUGUGGCAGCCGCCUGCAGCCAGUCAGACUGCCUGGGGGGGAGCCAGUCCAUCACCUCCCCGCUUCCAGCCAACACCCCUUCACCUUCGUUCAGCAGGUUACCUUUGUCCAAGGCCAGCAAGUCUUCCAGAGCCAAGGAGGGGGCCAGCAACCUGGAGCCAGAGGCCCUGGCUCGGAAGCGCAAGCAGUCCCCCGGCACUCCUGCUAGUCCACCGUACAAACAGACCUGCUUCCUGGAUCUUGGCAAGAGCAAGGCAGCUGGCUGCCCAGGCUCCCACCCCUCUGCUAAGGCCAAGCCAUCUGUGAUGUCCUCCUCUGCGCUUUCCCUCAACGGAACCAUCUCUGCAGGUGCCAGGAUCAAGCGGGCCAGCCACGCGGACUGCAGGGCUCCCAGCCAUGUCCCAGUCAAAGCUUCCCAGCUGGAGAACAGGAGCUCCUCGCUGAAUGGGCCAAAAGCACUGCAGGCCAACUGCAUCUCUGAUGAGGAGGCCAAGAGACGCAAGAAUACAGCCACCUAUUGCAGGCCGGUGAAGGCCAAACACUCUCCUUCACCUUCUUCUUCUUCAUCUGAUUUGGGCAGCUCUGUCAGAAGGAAGAAGCCGGUGGUCUCCUUGGGCUUUGAGGAGAAGCAGAACACAGUGAAGUCAAAAGCGCAUUAACAGCAAGUGCCUGCAUUCUGCAGAAGGAGCCAACAGUCUGAGAACUCUACCCCUAGGCCCAGUUCAAAGCCUCUUUGCUUUUUAUAACUUUAUAGUAUUUUUUUAAAGAAAAAAACCCCUCUAAAAUA